AUGUCUUCCUCCUCCCCUCCCGCUCCCGUGUCCAAGUUUAGAGGGCUUUCUCUCGGAAAAAGGAUGCCUCCCACAACCAGAUCCCAGACGCACCAGCAGUCUCUCAGCGACGUCGCCUCCGAUUACGACGACAUUGACAACUCCAGCUCCGAGCCCGAAUCGGACUCGGACUCCUCCCUUAUCGACGAUGAGGACCCCUCCAUCAUCCGCUCUCCCUCCAAGCUUAUCUACUGUGUCGACAAGCUCUCCAGCGACGCCCGAAUGCGCGUCCGCGAAGCCUUCAGGGACCCUCCCCGUCUCUCUCUGCAGUAUUGUCGUCUCCGGGAUGAUGUCUACGCCUUCCAGAUGACGGAGCUCGUACCCCGCUCGAUCCGCAUCGGGUCCCCUGAUAGCCCCUUCGCGACGCCACGUUGCUCCUGCCGCGAACAGCAGCAGAAGAACGGGCCUCCCUGCAAACAUCUCCUCUGGCUUCUUGACCAGCUCGUCAAGCAGACGCUGUACGACCAUGACCCGACCUCCCCGCUCACCAUGACCUCGGACGGCUACCCGGAGGAGAUCGGUGACCCCUUCACCGACAUCUCGGCCUUCCAUCUGGGCAUCCUGGGGGACGGCCUUCGCUGUGACGUCGUCGCCCCGGACUCAGAGGAGGGCUCGGAAGAUUCGGACGUAGACGAGGAGAAUUCUUCGAUCAACCCGCAACGCGUCCUUGAGGCCCGCGAGAUGCUCGCUGCCGUCGCCGCCUCACCCCCAGAGGACCACCGCCCAGACCUCUUCUGCGACCCCCCCAACAGAGGCAAGAAGCUCGUGAAGCGCCGCGACAUCGAGGGCACAGUCUUCCGCAUGCUACUCGACAACAACGACUUCUUCCACUACUUCCUUGCCCAGAUGCGCUCCACCGACCCCGUAAAUGACCCCUUCCGCAAGCUGUCCCAGCGCGUCGACCGUGUCCUGCAAGAGCUAGACGCCUGCUCUUUGUCCCAGACUACUCCAACCUCAGGAGACUCGGCAGAGGGCCCCCCCGACGUGGCCUGGGCAGCCCGCCACAUCACCGGCGUCGUAGGCCUUAUCCGCACCGCAAUCUUCGAGCGCGACCGGCCCCUAGAGCCUCGGGAACGCACGAGCGCCGCCCGCGCCUUGGUCCAUAUCCUUGCCGUCGUCGUCGAGCGCAACCAUGAUCUCGGACCUCCUUGGACGACGACGACGACAACACCGACAUCCCGCCGAGAACGGAACCUCUACCUCCGCCUCGUGGGUGACCGCGACGAGGACUUCGUCCUCGGCGUCCUCAACCUCCUUCCCCCUGACGCGGCGGCCCAGUUCUUGCACAGCCUCGAGGACAUUCUGGACCGGCUGGGCGUCCACGGCGCGCCGGCAUCCUACGUCGAAAAGUUCAGAUCCCUCAUCUCUCGGCUGAGGAGGGCCGGCGGCGGCGCCUCGCCAUCGGCUGGCGCAGGCUCGAAACGUCAAAGCCAGAGUCAGGGCCACGACCGGGGGUCCAAGAGAAUGAAAUGAUACAAGCAGCCCCAUGUGGCUCUACAGGGGAAGGCCCUUCGGCGCCGAAAGGUGGCUCGGGGACAUGUUCCUAGUAUGGCGGGAACAGGUUUCCUACCAAAGAUUCGAUUCUUCUGGACUUACCUCUGUUUUCCUUUCUACUCAGUUUUUCUUUACUCCUAGACUAUCCGUCCAAUCCGUUGAGUCACCCUGGAGCCAAGCCUCGAGGCAUAGGCUUGGGCGGGUGUGUCACAGCUUGGCCUCUUUUCUUUUUUUGGCUUCCAUGAGUCUGCAAUAUAAAUACCAUUUCCUUCAUCUUGGAACCGUUAUGCUCUGUUCGUCUAGUCGCACAUGAUCAACCUCUGCUCCCUCCUUCCUGUGGCAAAGCCCACCAACCACCGUUUGGCCGUCCCC